AAGCCACCGCCUUCCCGCUACAGCCAAAACUAGGCCACAAAUCCCAAACUCACCAUUCCUCCAUUUCCCCAAACCGAUUCACAAAACAAAAUUGAAAAAAAAAAAAAUUAAAAUCAAAGCAAAUGGCGAGCUCGAUCGCAGAAGCGCACAACGUCCGCGUGCUAGGCAGCGGCGACACCGUGGUGGUCCUAGGGCACGGGUUCGGAACCGAUCAGUCGGUGUGGAAGCACCUGAUCCCGCACCUGGUGGACUGCUACAAGGUGAUCGUGUACGACCACAUGGGCGCCGGCACCACCAAUCCCGAUUACUUCGACUUCGACCGCUACUCCACCCUUGAAGGCUACGCCUACGACCUCCUCGCCAUCUUGGAGGAGUUCGGAGUCCAGAAGUGCAUCUACGUCGGCCACUCGCUCUCUUCCAUGGCCGGCGCCAUCGCUUCCAUUUUCCGCCCCGAUCUAUUUCACAAGCUCAUCAUGCUCUCCGCCUCCCCAAGGUUCUUGAACACGGGGGAAAUAAAUGCGAUACAGUUUAGCUCAAGCUUUAAUUUUGAUAGGUUCUUGAACACGGGGGACUACUUCGGAGGGUUCGAGCAGGAGGACAUCAACGAGCUGUGUGGCGCGAUGGAGACGAACUACAAGUCGUGGGUGUCGGGGUUCGCGCCCCUGGUGGUGGGGGGCGACAUGGAUUCAGUGGCGGUGCAGGAGUUCAGCCGGACGCUGUUCAGCAUGCGGCCGGAUAUAGCGCUGAGCAUGUUCAGGAUGAUAUUCACGUUCGACCUGAGGCACUUCCUCGAGCGCGUGACUGUACCGUGCCAUAUCAUCCAAAGCUCCAAGGACUUGGCCGUGCCGGUCGCGGUGGCCGAGUAUAUCCACCAGAAUCUCGGCGGGAAGUCCAUCGUCGAGGUGGUCCCUACAGAGGGUCAUCUGCCACAGCUCAGCUCGCCGGAGCUCACCAUCCCAGUGCUGGUACGCCAUAUACAGCAUGAUAUUGUAGAUGGUGAUCAUUGAUGAGCCGUCGACCGAGAAAUAAAUGUUCGUGACAUUUCAUGCUUUGUUUGGUUUAUUUUUUCCAUUUUGGCCUAAUGGUUGGAUAUUGGAUUAUCGUGGCAACUUUCGUAUGAGGAAUGUCAAGGGAACAUUUCUCAA